CUCGGGCCGCGUCGUUCAUGGGCGACUUGACCGCUUCUUCUCCCUCUCCCUCUCCUCGCCUCCUCCUCCGCUUACUCCACUCAACCCCCCCCCCCCCCCCCCCCCCCGCCGCCUUCUCCCCACCCGCGACGCUCACUGCCGCUCGCUUCUUGUUGCUUUGGCGCUGCUGCUGCUGUGAUGCCAAGAACGGGGGGCGGUGGCCGUGGGGGCGGCGUGGCCGUCGACGUGGAGGACUUCCUCGUCCGCGUCAAGAACGGCGACGACGCUGAGCUCGCCGAGGUGGCGCGGGAGGUGGCGGCGCUCGCCGAGCAGGGGAGGCUCGGGGAGGACGAUGACGAGGACGGCGUCCUGGUUCCGGCGCUGCUCGCGCGGCUCGCCGGCGCUGGGACCGCGGAGGCCAGGGUCCGCGUCAUGGCCGCGCUGCGGCGGCUCGCGCGCUGCGUUGGCUGCGAGAGCAAGGAGAGGUUGGCAAGCAUCGAGUCACUUUCAAGUAUUGUUCGUUCCUUAUCUAGAGAUGUUGAUGAGGCAAGGGAAGCAAUUGCAUUGCUGUUGGAUUUGUCAGAUAUCCCACAAGUUCGGCCGAGGAUUGGCAGGAUUAAAGGCAGUAUAGUCAUGCUAGUCACAUUAAGAAAUGCAAAUGAACCAGAUACCCAUGAUGAUGCAGAGAAGUUGCUGCACAUGUUGUCAUCCAAUCCACAAAAUGUGCUCCUGAUGGCAGAGGCUGGUUAUUUUCGACCGUUGAUAAAUUACCUGAAAGAAGGUUCUGAUAUGAACAAGAUCCUAAUGGCAACUGCUAUUUCUAAAAUGUUCCUCUCUGAACAGAUGAAAUCUUCCCUUGGAGAAGAUGGUGCAGUUGAGCCCCUUGUGGAAAUGUUUAAAUCUGGAAAUCUUGAAGCCAAGCACUCAGCCCUAGGUGCCUGUCUUAAUCUCUCUAGCUCUCUACGAAACGCGGAAAUUUUGAUAAAUUCUGGCAUAACAGGACCACUGCUCCAACUUCUGUUCUCUGUUACAUCAGUGUUAAUGACCCUUAGAGAGCCAGCCUCAGCUAUACUCGCAGCUAUUGCACAAUCUGAUCGUAUCCUGCUUCAUAAGGAUGUAGCUCCUCAAAUGCUCUCUCUUCUUAACUUGUCGAGUCCAGUAAUUCAACUUCACCUCCUGAGGGCCCUAAAUAGUAUUUCAGGGCACACAAAUGCUAAAAGGGCUAGAGCUAAAAUUAGAAAAAAUGGCGGAGUGCAACUCCUCCUGCCCUUCCUGACAGAAAAGAAUGUUGAUAUUAAAAUUGCUGCUAUGAAUUUUAUUUUCAAUCUGUCAAAAGAUGCUUCACAGGAAUUAACUGAGCAGAUUAGGGACACCCACCUUAAGAUUUUUGUAAAGAUUAUCUCUUCAACUACAUCUGGAAAUGAGAAGACUGCAGCUAUUGGUAUCCUAAGCAAUCUCCCGGUGACAGACAAUAAGAUUACUGAGUUUCUCACAGAAGCCAACUUGCUUCCUCUCCUGAUAUCCUUACUGGAGACAAACAUCACAACAUCUUUGACACCGCAGAGAACAUCAUUACUUGAGGGCAUUGCGGGCGUAUUAAUUCGGUUUACAGUCCCUUGGGAUAAAAAGUUACAAAGUUUAGCAGUUGGACAUGGGGUGGUCCCUUGCCUUGUUAAGUUACUUUCAGAAGGAUCAAUAAAAGCCAAGUCUAAAGCAGCAACAUCCUUGGCUCAACUGUCACAGAAUUCAGUAGCAUUACGCAAGACAAAAUUGCCAAGAUGGCUUUGCGUUGCACCAUCAGCUGAAACUUACUGUUUUGUUCACAAUUGCCAAUGCACUGUCAAAAGCACUUUCUGCUUAGUGAAAGCUGGUGCUAUCAGUCCUCUGAUCCAAAUCUUAGAAGAUGACGAUCGUGAAGCAGAUGGAGCAGUAUUGGAAGCACUAGCUACCCUUAUGCAGGAUGAGAUUUGGGAAAACGGGAGCAAGGUGAUAGAAAAGGCAUCAGGUGUUCAUGCUCUGCUGAGAAUCGCUGAAGCAGGAAACUCAACUUCCCAGGAGAAGGCGAUAUGGAUGCUUGAGAGGAUCUUUCGGCUUGAAGCCCACAGAGAGCAUUAUGGCGAAAUCGCACAAGCUUUGCUUAUCGAUCUUGCUCAGAAAGGAGAUCCUGUCCUGAAACCAAUGAUUGGAAAGAUACUUGCUCACCUUGAGCUACUUCAAACACAAUCGAGCUACUUUUAGCAUGCUUUGUGUGCAACAAUUCAUGCUGAUACUAGCAGGAUGGACUGUGACUGGUCGUUUGCUGCUAUGCUGAUCAAUGCAUAUUGAGCAUACGCUUGAAGGCUGUCUGAUCCAAGUUUGCCAGCCAGUGUCCUUUUCACCAAGUGUUAUUGUGGAGCAAUUUUAAGAGUGUUUCAUCUGUUGGAUGGCAUAUUGGUACCUCAGGAUUAAGUUAUUUUGGGGGUUACAGUCUAAAACUUAUGGUCGUACAGAUGACAAUCUAGCAGAGCAAAGGAAAAUUGUGCACCGUGGACAGCAAUCUUGUGUUGGUCUGUCGUUUUUUGUUAGUUCAUAUAGUGUUUAAAGGAGAUAAGAUGCAAGCUUUGUAGUUAGUCAUGUACUGUUUCUUCUUUUGUGUAUAAAAUGGUGAUAUGAAUUCAAAAGAAAAAGAAAAGGAGGGAUAUGUGCAUUACCAUUGUUUUUUUACAGCAAACUUGUUCAACAUAGAAAUAGACGCAUAUCAUUCUUUUCUGGAAGAUGGGCUCAUGGUUUUUGAACUUGUUAUUGCUCAGUUUCCAUUGUGUAUACCAGUAAGAUAUGAUUACGGUUGGCUAUUUUUUUUAUAGCAACUUUGUUUAACCUAAUAUAGUUUUA